AUGGCGGUAGAUCCAACGUGCAAACGAGUAGACAACUUGUUACAUUUCCCUCCAUCCUCAUGUCGGGACGGAUUCGACUUCUCUCUUCUGUUUGAAGAGCUGAUUUUGGGUAUUCUGCCUCUGGGAAUUUUCAUCGUACUGGCAUGCGUGCAACUAUGGCGUGAUGCCCGACGAGUGCGCAAGGUGGUGGCAGGUUCUUGGCCUUUCUGGACCAAACUGAUACUAUGGACCGCCUUGGACGUCACGCAACUGGUCCUUACCGUCCUUUGGGCGCUCCCCUCGGUAGCACGAACACAAGCCUCAGUCGCGGUUAAUGCCGUUACCAUCGUGGGUAUCCUGGUGCUUGGUGCACUUUCAUAUAGCGAACACAAUCGCUCAGUACGACCGUCUUUUGUCCUUAAUCUUUAUCUUGCGGUCACCCUUCUGUUUGACAUCGCAAAGACGAGAACACUAUGGCUUCGCGAUCCGGACAGAGUCGACAGGUCUGUCGCCAUAGUCACCUCGCUUGGUGUUGGCAUCAAGUUUCUACUGUUCCUCCUCGAAGCUUUGGAGAAGAGACGCUUUCUCAGGACCGAGUACAAAGGCUACUCACCAGAAGCUCUUGCCAGUAUUUACAACAAAUCAUUCUUUUGGUGGCUUAAUCCUUUGUUUAACCGUGGGUUCUCCAAGAUCUUGGCUGUGGAUGAUCUCUUCGUCCUCGAUAAGCAAUUGGAGGCUAAGCGCCUGCACCGUGAGGUUGAAGCCGAAUGGAAGAAAGGUCAGGACAAUGGCUCGAGUAGCUUAUUAUCUGCAUGUCUACGAGCAUUCAAAUGGCACGUUUGCGCGGUGAUCCCACCAAGACUUAUGCUGGCAGCCCUCAACAUUUGUCAGCCUUUGCUGCUUGAGAGAUCAUUGACCUUCACCGCGCAAGCUUCAGAUCCUUCCACGAAGAACAUUGGUUACGGGUUGAUUGGAGCCUACAUCUUGGUUUAUACCGGGUUGGCAUACCAACAUCUGACUUAUCGCUCUAUCACAAUGGUCCGAGGUGCUGUUGUGUCAAUGAUCUACAAGAAGGCGUGUUCGUUAAGCACCAAAGACGCCGAUCCUGCUGCGUCUGUUACCCUAAUGAGUGCCGAUAUUGAGCGGAUCGUUCAAGGCUGGCAGACUAUGCACGAUAUCUGGGGGAAUGCCCUGGAGAUUGCGUUAGCCAUCUAUCUCCUUGAAAGACAACUAGGGGUUGCAUGCGUGGUUCCUGUUGCUGUUGCCGUUGUGGCACUUGUUGGCUCGAUCAUAGCAAUGUCCUCCGUUAUGUUAAAGCAAGCUUCGUGGUUGCAAGCGAUUGAAAGGCGGAUAUCCUCGACAUCUUCGAUGCUUGCUUCGAUGAAAGGGAUAAAAAUGCUUGGAUUACAAUCUGCGCUUUUGACAUGCGUCCAGAACCUGCGAAUCGACGAAUUGACGAUCUCUCGGGCUUUUCGGAAGCUCUUGGUCUGGAAUAUGGCUCUAGCAUGGUCGACUCGAAUCUUUGCUCCAAUUCUCGCCUUUGGGGCAUUUGUCGGAAUCGCUCACGAUCGAGGGGAUGACCGUGCCCUGACAACGUCGGUCGUGUAUACUGCUCUGUCUCUAUUCUCCCUUCUUUCGGAUCCCCUCCUAUCGCUUGUGAUGGCUCUGAUGAACUACGUCGCGUCGGUAGGUUCAUUCCAGAGAAUCCAAGAAUUCCUGGAGAAGGACAGCCACUUAGAUCCAAGAAACCGGUCCGCCGCAAUCCCCUUGCUGUCGUCAGAGGACAAGAAAAUGGUAUCUGUAACAACAGAUGCCGAAACCCUCACGAGCGGAUCGAUGUCCUCACAAUCUUGGAAAGGAAGUUCCUCGGCGUCGUUUCAUAAUGCUGUUACUAUCCAGGGAGGGGAUUUCGGGUGGGAUUCUACAAAGAAGCCCAUACUGAAGAACCUGAACAUCACAAUCUCUCAGGGAAACUUUGUCAUUCUCAUCGGACCGUCCGGUUGCGGGAAAUCCACUCUUUUGAAGGCUAUUCUCGGUGAGGUGCCCUGUCUGGGUGGUAGCAUACAGGUUCUAUCUCAGAGCAUUGCGUUUUGUGAGCAGACGCCCUGGCAUACGAAUGGUACCAUUGAGGAUUGCAUAGUGGCAAUGUCUGGGUACGAUGCCAAAUGGUAUAGCUCUGUCAUAUACGCAUGUGCUUUGGCGGAGGACUUCAAGCAGCUACCUCGUGGCGAUCAAACCGUGAUUGGGAGCAAAGGCAUAGCCCUGAGCGGUGGCCAAAGUCAGCGGAUUGCGCUUGCAAGGGCUGUCUACGCUCGCAAAGACAUCGUUAUACUUGACGAUGUUUUCAGUAGUCUUGAUGCAACAACUGAGCAUCAUAUCUUUCAUCAUUUACUUGGUAUCCAUGGUCUUCUACGCUCAAUUGGCUCUACAGUCGUGCUUGCAUCCUCUUCGGUGAAGCGUGUUCCUUAUGCAGAUCACAUCAUGGUGCUUGACAGUAACGGUUGCGCUACAGAACAGGGGAGCUUAAAGGCUCUUGACUCUGCCGGAGGCUACGUCUCAAGCUUUAGCCUAGGCCUUCCAGAUUGGAGCUAUAAAGGCGGCUUACUGCCCACACCUAAUGCCCAAGUUAGGACAGUUGAGAGGGUUGAUGAAGCCGAAAAGGAGACACAUGAGAAAUGUGGCGACGUGUCCGUCUACUUGUACUAUGUCCGUGCUAUUGGAUGGCUUCCCACGAUGGUUUUCCUUGUUGCUAUGCUUAGCUUCGUCUUCUGUUUGUCGUUUCCGAGUAUCUGGGUGAAAUGGUGGGCUAGUUCGAACGAAGCAGAGCCUGGCAAGCAUACAGGGUUCUAUAUAGGGGUUUAUGCAAUGCUUGGGGUUAUUGGCAUGAUAUCCCUCAUUGUCGGAUGCUGGCAAAUGGUGAUUACUAUGGUACCGAGGUCCGGUGAAGUCUUCCAUAAAGCUCUUCUGAGCACAGUUCUGAGUGCACCCAUGUCAUUCUUUACCAUAACGGAUACCGGCGCUAUUCUCAAUAGAUUCAGCCAAGACUUACAGCUCAUUGAUAUGGAGCUUCCAAUCGCUGCUAUAAACACAUUCGUUACGUUCGCUCUUUGUAUAGCUCAAAUGAUUCUCAUGGCGGUCGCUUCCAAAUACGUGGCGAUCUCCUUCCCUGUGGUAAUCACCAUUGUCUACUUGAUACAGAAGAUCUACCUUCGAACGUCACGCCAACUGCGGUACCUUGACCUCGAGGCAAAGGCACCGCUCUUCUCUCAUUUCACAGAUUGUCUUGGUGGCUUGGUAACCCUUAGAUCUUUCGGGUGGCAGCACGAGUUCCAGGAUAAGAACAACAAGCUAUUGGACUAUUCCCAGAGACCAUUCUAUCUUCUAUACGCUAUUCAACGCUGGCUUACACUCACCCUGGAUAUGGUGGUGGCAGGUAUCGCCGUUCUAUUGAUCACCCUUGUUGUCGUCUUGCACGGAUCCAUCAGCAUAGGGUACGUCGGAGUCGCACUUCUGAAUGUCAUUCAAUUCAGCCAGAGCAUUAAACUGCUGAUCACAUUCUGGACCAAUCUUGAAACACACAUUGGCUCAAUCCAGCGAGUAAGGUGGUUCACGCGGAACGUACCUUCCGAGAAUCAACCUUCGGAGAGGGAUGAGAUUCCGCCGGACUGGCCGUCGCUGGGGUGCAUUGAAUUCACCGGUGUGUCCGCUGAGUACAGACCAUCUGAGCCAGUUCUCAACGAUGUUUCUCUGUCUAUUCGGGCAGGUGAGAAAGUCGGCAUAUGCGGAAGAACGGGCAGUGGCAAAACCUCUCUCGUCAUGUGCUUGUUCCGCAUGCUCGACAUCAGCUCGGGUGAUAUUUUGAUUGACGGGCUGGACAUCACUAAGCUACCACGCCAGGAGAUUCGCACUCGCCUGAAUGGCGUCUCCCAGAGUCCGUUCUUGAUGAAAGGCAGCGUACGAACCAAUAUGGACCCCACAGGUUCUUUCUCGGAUCAGGCUAUCAGCAAUGCCCUCAAAGGCGUGGGCAUUUACUCUCAUAUCCAAGAGAAUGGGAAUCUAGACACCGACAUCGACGAGGUUUUCCUCUCGCAUGGACAACAGCAACUCUUCUGUCUGGCGCGGGCUAUACUCCGUCCGGGUAACAUCCUCGUGCUGGAUGAAGCUACGAGCAGUAUUGACGCAAGAACCGACCAUAUCAUGCAACGGGUCAUCCGUGAGAAGUUCAGCGCCCACACCAUUGUGACGGUGGCACAUAAGCUCGAUACCAUCCUCGACUAUGACAGGAUCAUUGUCAUGGAGGCGGGUCGAGUCGUGGAGACCGGUGCUCCGCACGAAUUACUGGCUUCGGAUAAUUCGCACUUCAGCAGGCUGUACGCUAGUUUUUCGACGGAUGGAGAUGCUCAAGAAUAG